AUGGUGAAGCGCGGUAACGGUCUUUCACCUCAGAAGAAUCUUCGUAGUUCGACCCGUGAAAGGACCAUGGUUUAUCGUAGCUUGGCGGAGAAUGAUCUCGCCGAACACCAUCUUCGUGGUAGUUUUAUGAAGAGCAUCAUACGAACGGCGACAGAGCAACUUCAUAAGGAGCUGAUUUCGUCUCAACCAGUUGCGGGAUAUACUCGUUCCGGAAAAAGAAUAACGGGAAGCCUUCACGUGAACAGCGACUCGUCAGAUGAUGACGAAUUUAUAAAAGGAAGACAACGGAGAUAUCCUAAAGAAAGUUAUAAUGAUGGGACGGUCAACAUGCGGUCACCUAGUCCAAAACGAGCUGUAAAGAGGCAAGCUAUGCUGGAAGACGAUGGCCAAGAAGUAAAGGAGAAGAAAACUGAUUCCUCUCGAAAUCAGGAAAAUAUACGGUCAAAUAUGUAUGACAAUGUCAAAAGAGAACGAAAAUUCGUCGCGUCUACAUCACUACCUUGUUCUCCUUCUUCCAAUGGAGUGCAAAUUGGGACAGCCUGCGAAUCGGCUCGAAGUCUUCGGAAAGCGAACAGAGAACGCUUGUUGAAUGGUAUUUCAAAAGAGGCAGAUUCUGCGGAAGUCGACGGAAGUCAAUCUAGUGAAGAGACCGAGGAAGACGAUGAAGAUAAGACUCCUGAGCCGCGUCAAUAUUCCUUGAGAAAAUUUCGCCAACCGGUUGAUCGAUUUGCUGUGACUACAACACUUAAAGACAGACACAGAGACGAUAGAGAGCGCAGAAGCCGAAAUCGAUCAACGGAUCGUAAAGAGCUGAAGGCAAAAACGGCUGCAAAGCGGUAUGGAGCACUAAACAUUGUUGUUUAUAAAGCUGAAAAGGACCUGACGUCAAGUCAAACUGUUAUUCGGGAACGUUUACGACAGACUGGAGGUUCAUGUACCGAUAUUGAUCCAAUGAUUAUUGACAAGAGCAUUGGCUUUGAAGAAGUAGGAGGUCUCGGAGCACACAUCCAGUCACUGAAGGAAAUAGUGCUUUUUCCUAUGUUGUAUCCUGAAAUUUUCAAGCAAUUCAACAUAAUGCCCCCUAAAGGAGUGGUCUUCUAUGGACCUCCCGGUAUUUACUUUUUAAUAUCCAGUGUCUGUGGAACUACUUUUCACACGACUGAGUUUCGGUCUGAUCAGAAAUGUGUCAGAAGAACUGGGAAGACUUUAAUGGCUCGAGCUUUAGCGAACGAAUGCUCUAGAGGUGGACGGAAAGUAGCUUUUUUCAUGAGGAAAGGUGCCGAUUGUCUCAGCAAGUGGGUUGGUGAAGCUGAGAGACAGCUGCGGGUUUUAUUUGAUCAAGCGUAUGCUAUGCGUCCGUCCAUCAUAUUCUUUGACGAAAUAGAUGGUCUUGCUCCAGUUAGGUCUUCAAAGCAGGAUCAAAUACAUUCCAGUAUUGUAAGUACAUUGCUGGCCCUCAUGGAUGGCUUGGACAACCGUGGAGAGGUGGUUGUAAUUGGUGCAACGAAUCGACUAGACGCGCUAGAUCCUGCUUUGCGUCGGCCAGGAAGAUUUGACAGAGAAUUGAAAUUCUUGCUUCCUGAUUCGAAUGCUAGCAAACACGAGGUGCUAUUUUAUUUCUUUAUUUACGCACAAGCUGACGUUUCGGCGGAUAUCGCCUUCCUCAGAGCCUGGAAGGGUCAAGUUGACAGCAAUCUAUUCGGCCAAACACCUCCAUAA